AUGGAGGACAGAAAUAAAAUCGAUCAAUUCGUCUCUCUCUACGAGUUCAGAGAGACACCAGGCACAAUCCCCGAAUCCUUUUCGGAUUUGCUUGAAUCGUAUUCCGGUAUCCCCAAGAACCAUCAGCUCGAGCACAUCCUGAAAGUACGAAAAGAGGCAUACGCCGUCUUUCCAUACCCGUGCCUAGGAGCCUUCAUAUUUUUUGAAUUGAACCUUUGCACCCACCCGGCGUACCAAGAGCACGUCUUGAACCCGUUGAAACAAGCAUGCCCCGACGGUGCCGUCGAGCCUCUGUUUCUGGAUCUAGGAUCCUGCUUCGGACAAGAUCUGCGCAAGCUGGUCUACGACGGUGCGAGGGCGAGCCGAAUUUGGGCUAGCGAUAUCGACCCCGAACUUAUCAAUCUCGGAUUCAAGCUGUUCAAAGACGAACAUAAAUUGCCGAGAGACCAUUUCCCGUGUCCCGGGGACCUGCUGUCCAACUCACCCGAAGACAAACUCAGAGCGUUGGACGACAAAGUCACCAUCUUGCACUUAUCACACGUAUUUCACUGUUUCAGCCCCGAAGAGCAGAAGGUGGUAAUCAAUCGCUGCCUACGGCUUCUGAGGAAAGACACGGGACAGCCGGUGUUGGUGAUAGGGAUUCAGGGCGGGAGCGCCGUUCCCACCGCCGGCGUUCGCGGAUGUACUAAAUAUAUCCACAGCGAACAGAGCUGGAAGGACUUGUGGGACGAAGUACGGGAGGGCGACGUAUGGAAAGAAAGGAUUAAGGCAUUGGAUGUGAAGUCGGAGUUGCGAAAGCUAAGAGAGGGGCCCGAGACGGAGCUGGGUUGGCUGGUAUUUGAGGUCUGGAUUACUUUUGUUUGA